UGCUCUGAUUGGCUGGAUGUUUUGUCCUCUGGCAGAUAAAAGCAGGCUGCAGAGUCACACAGCAGGAAUCUCUGAUGAACACAUCUCUUCUCAGGAUGAUGAAGCUCCUGUGUGGUGGUACUCUGAUUUUCACCCUCGCUGUGUCUUACUACAUCUACAUGCCGUUACCUGCCACUGUCUCAGAGCCGUGGAAACUCAUACUGGUUGGGGCGACGUUCCGCACUGCAACUCACCUGGCUGAUUUCUCACACUCUCUGGGUCUCACUCAUCAUGUCCGUGUCCUCAGUCUGGCCAUUAAGGGUUUUGAGAGUUUAGUGCCAGUGGAGUUUGAAGAACUUCAGAUGGAGGACACACAGUUUAGAGGUGUUCAGGUUCGAGUGUACAUGCCUCAACACCGAGACGGCACACUGAGACGUGCUGUAGUGUUCAUACACGGAGGAGGAUGGGCUCUCGGAGUGCCCAAAGUCGGAUCCUAUGACAUCCUGUGCAGGAUGAUGGCUGUCAAGCUGAAUGCUGUGGUUGUGACAGUGGAUUACCGUAUGGUCCCAGAUGUUCAUUUUCCUGUCCAGUAUGAGGACUGUUUGGAGGCGACACGUCACUUCCUGCAGCGUGACGUGUUGGCACAUUACUCUGUGGACCCUGAGCGAGUUGCUGUGUGUGGUGACAGCGCAGGAGGAAACCUUGCUGCAGCAGUCACACAACAAAUUGGCUAUGACAACAGAGGUGAGGAUGAUGAUGAUGAUACAAGGAACAGCAGUGGAGGCGGAGGGGCAAAGUUUAAACUACAGGUGUUGAUCUAUCCUGUUCUUCAGCCUCUGGAUUUCAAUACGGCAUCCUACCAGCAGAACUGGGGAGUCCCCAUACUGUACCGUGACCUGAUGGCACGGUACUGGUUGGAGUAUCUGGGUGCAGAUGCAUCCCUGCUCCACACCAUUCUCCUGAACAACCACACAGCACUGGAUGAGUCUCGAUUCAGUCCUCACCGAUCUAAAGUCGACUGGACCUCAAUGAUCCCUGAACACAUGCGCAAACAGUAUAGAGCCAUCUUCCCUUGGACCGGCUCACCCUCCGUCCUGCAGGACAUCCCUGCGAUGCUGGACCCGCGAGCUGCUCCCCUGAUAGCUGAACAGGACAUAUUAAAGACGGUGCCAUGCACUUACAUCAUGACUUGUGAGCAUGACGUGCUGAGGGAUGAUGGUAUGAUGUAUGUCCGGCGCUUAGAGCUCGCUGGUGUCUCUGUCACGCAUCGUCACUAUGAUGACUGCUUUCAUGGCUGCGUAAGCUUCGCCUUCUGGCCAUCAUACUUCUCUGUGGGGAUACGAGCCAUAGAUGAUUACAUUGCCUGGCUUCACACACAUCUGUAGAACUUCCAGUGUUUAAGUGUACAGGCACUUUCACACACAGACUAUAUGUCUGAACAUUUUGUCCAUGUUACUGUCGUUUGCAGAAUAAACUGUGGUCGUGGUUCAAGUGACGAAAUGAAAUCAACUUCUAUCUACUGCUAUCAUCUUAGCACCACCCACUUAUCCCUCUAUCUCUCUGAGGAUAUUGACUUAGUCACACCCACUUAGCUCUCUCUCUCUCUCUCUCUCUCUCUCUCUCUCUCUCUCUCUCUCUCUCUCACUCUCUCUUUCUCUCUCUCACUCUCUCUCUCUCUAUCAGGAUAUUGGCUUAGCCACACCCACUUCUCUCUCUCUCUCUCUCUCUCUCUCUCUCUCUCUGUCUCUCUCUCUCUAUCAGGAUAUUGGCUUAGCUACACCCACUUCUCUCUCUCUCUCUCUCUCUCUCUCUCUCUCUCUCUCUCUCUCUCUCUCUCUCUCUCUCUCGCUCCCCCUCCCUUCACAUGCUUUACCUGACUCCACCUCCUCAUCGACCUCUGGAGAUGUCCCCACCCUUUUAGUGCUUUCUCUGGAGAUGCUUAUUGGCCCAACCCACUUUUCCCUCUCUAUGGACAUUUAUUGAUCUCUCUGCUUGCCCAUAUCUCCUCAACAUCUACCAUCUCUACCUGCUCAUUCAUUUCUGAACACUUCACCUAGCCCCAACCCCUGAGCCAGAGGUCUCUAUUGCCCCCUUUCUACCAGGAAGAACCAGGUACUGGUUCAGAGUGCUGGUUCGAAGUGGCGAGCCUUCUAAGAACAGGUUUGCCUUUCCAUGGGCUAGAGAGCCAUCACAGAGACAAGUCUUGCUUCACUGUAUACAACUUUAUACAGCAACGUUAGCGCAGCAGCUGCAAACACAAACACAACAUCAACAAUAGCUAUUUGUUGCUUUACUGUUAAUGCUCAUGGCUUUGCGAACCUGAUUUAUCCUAAUUUAAAAUGAUUUAAAAAUGGUGCUAACGACGUACUCUUUUGUCUUGUUGGUCACUGUAACCCUGCCCCCAGGCCCUAAAAGUAGCCCCGCCCACAGCCCCUGAUGCAAGCGGUUCUUAAGUCUAGACCAGCAAUAUUUUGGUGUUACUUAAGAACCACUUUUCCUGGUUCAGAGCCUGUACUUUGGGUGUUGAUUUUAAAUUAGGCUCCCGAACCAGCACUCAAACUGUCUCGGUGGAAAAGGGUUAUCGAUCCACGUGGUUCCACCUCUUUAAACCUGGAUGCUGGUUUUUCCUCCUCAUCCCUUUCUAGAGAUCUGGCUAGGAGAGUAAACUACAAUUUGGAAUAGAAACAUGAACACUGUAAACAGAGACAUUGGCACAUGAUUAUGGACUUAAAAUUACAUUUGACACCUAACUGUAUAAUUACGCACUCGUCUGACUUCAGCUGCUUGUGUUAGCUUUGUCUUUAUGGUAAAAUAUCUUAUAUCUCAUGUAUAAAGUUGCAUUAUAAAGUUAUUACUAUAUUCAGUAUUACUUCUAUUACUGAUCAAUUAGCGUGUGUUCAUUUAUACACAGUAUUAUGUACAAGAAUUACAUUUUAUUUCUCUUUGGGCUAUAAAUAAAACAUGCUUAUGA